AUGGGGUUACUUUCAAGAAAGAAACUCACUGGUAGUAGUGACAAGAAAAAGAGUAAAGGAGGAGUAACGAUACAAGAGCAAGUGACCGACCACCACCACAACCAAUCAACUCUUAAUAGUAGUAGUAGUAGUAGUACUAAUGGACACCUAACACAUAGUAGUAGUAAUGCUAGUCUUGGAGGAAUUGGUAAUGGUAAUAGUAAUAAUCAUAGCAGUAGCAAUAAUACUAGUAGUAGUAAUCAUGCAAAUAGUAAUGGACACAAUGUAACAUUUGAUUUACCACCUGAUAGUCGAGAAGGAAAGUUAAAAAAGAACUUGGCUGUAUCAAUCCCAACAACCAAGAGACUACUUGAAAGCGAAAGACAUCCACAUGAUAGAAAGAUGUCAAAUGCCGCCGAAGUAGAACUAUAUUUCAAACUAAAGCAAAGAGAAACUGAUUUUGCUCAAUCUCUAACAUGUGCAGUUACUCCUUUUCAAUAUUUAAAUAAUCAAGAACAUAUUGAUCAUAAUAAUAAUAUAGUUGAUGAUUUCAAAAUUGAAUUAAGUUUUGAUGGAUACACUAGUUGGUAUAGAGAAAUGAUAACAAAUGUUAAGAAUCAUGAAAGUAAUAUUAAUGGUAAUGGUGGAUCUAAAAAGAAUAAGAAAUCGGCAUCAUCUCCUACGACAUCGAGUCGGAACCCUCAACAAAAGGCUAAUGAGGAGGUGGUGGAUCAGGUGCAUUUAGACUUUUUAAAGAGACAUUUAAAUAAUGACAAGUCACAGCAACAACAAAAUGGAGCGAACCCUGUUAAAAAGACACAUCAUCGUGGUGACACUAUGACACCCAUCAAUAAUAUUACACUUAGUAACCAGAGUACUGCGCCGUCGGCGUCUGCCAACCCAUUCUCGUCGCCGGCUGGCUCUGACCAUCAUUAUCACAGCACAACCAAUUCAAGUACAGGAAACUUGGAAUCUCUAAUCAACAGUGAAAAUCGGUCUGGCGGCGGACCCGAUGCAAGAGGUCAUCUGAGAAACAAUAGUGCGACAAGUACCAACAACGACAAGGAUGACAGUUCAAACAAGCUUUCAUCCAGUCAAGAGUAUCAUAGAAUGGGACCAAGAAGAUUAAAUAGUAGUCAAAGUAUUCAUAGAACAACUACUAGUAGUAUGGGGACAAUGAAUAUUAAUAAUAAUAAUGAAAAUAAUAAUGGUAAUAAUGGAAAUAAUAAUAGUAGUGGAAAUUUAAAGAAACCAUCAUUGAAUACAAGUCAAAAUAUUGAUGAUCAAUAUGAUGAAACGACAAGUGUAGAUUCAACAGUUUAUUAUGGGAAUUCUCCAUCUGGAACUGUUGGGUUUGAAGAAAGUAUUGGUAGUAUGGAAAAUAGUAAUAGUAAUUUCUUGGAGUUGACUUCGUCCAAUAUCGAUAGUAGUACAUACUCUUCAACAGCGUCAUACAAUAGUAGCAGUAUUACUGGCAGCAAUAGUAGCAGUGGUGGCAGCAACAGUAGUGGGAAUAAUCAUAAUCACCAUUUGGGCAGCAAGAUUGGAAGUAUACUAAGUUCGAUCUUUGGGUCAAAGACGAGUAAAAACAAAAACCAUCAUCAUCAUCAUCAUCACCAAACCAAUAACCAUCAUAAUCUAAAUCUUAACCUUACCGGUAGUGGUGGAAAUAAUGGAUCAAAUGGUGUAAAUGGUGUAAAUGGUGGUGGACCUCCAUUUAUUACUAGGACACAUUCACAAUCAUCUUUACAGUAUUCUCCGAGAAUGCUAAAUGAUAUGAAUAGUCAGGCAUCUGGUGAGGGACUGCAGUCUCCGCCACCACUGAACCGUUCAGUGUCUCAGUUCUCGUUGCAGUCUAAAUCACCGCGUACACCACUCUACGACGGCCAACUCUCCAACACUACCUCUCCGAGGAACGCAUUCCUUCCCUAUUCACCUCGAGGGUCGAAUAGCGGCGGUACCAACCCUUUAUCUCCAAGCUCCAUUCCAAUGAAUGGAAGUAGUAGCAGUCAUGGUAGCCACCACAACUUGAAUCUCAAUUUAAAUGGAAUACACAAGAACAGCAGCAGUGAUGGCAAUUCAUUGGUAACUUCACCAACAGAUAAAAAUCAUCAUAGUCAUAACAGUAGUAGUAGUAGUGGUAGCAAUAAUCAUAAUCAUAAUCACCAUCAUAAUAAUCAUAACCUUGUUAAUAAUCACCAAUCCUCAUCCUCACCCUUUGUAAAUAAUAAUAAUCAUCACAAUAACAGUCAUCACCAUCACAACCAUCACAAUAGUAAUAGUAACAACAAACAUUUAUAUUCCACGCAUCAAACAGUAUUCAAUACGAUGAAUAACUCAACGAGUGAGGAUUUCGACAAUACAUUUUCUUCUUCUUCAGCAUCAUCGUCACCUUCUUCAUCACCUGCUUCCUCUCCUCCAAGCUCACCUUCCAUAUCGCCAUCAUCAUCACCUCCUCAAACAGUAACCAACUUUCUAUUGAAAUAUUAUCAAUAA